AUGCCUCGACGCAGGCGCAGGCUGGGAUCGCGCGUGCGCAGUUACGUGCGAGCCUUGUUAGCUUUUCUCUUUAGCAAUGUUGGAGUUGUGGUGUUGGUCGUUGCGUAUACGAUCGCAGGUGCAUUUAUGUUUCAAGCAAUAGAAGGUGCGAGUGAAAUGGAAAGAGUCAACAAUAUGACGAAGGAAAGAGACAACACUGCUCAAUAUUUGUGGCAAAAUGUCACGUUGGCGCUCAAUUUGUUCAACGAUACAGCUCUGAAAGAGGGAAUAAGCAGGGAACUAUUGCACUAUCAGAGAAAAAUAGUAGUCGCGGUCCACCGAGGCUGGGACGGAGGGAGAUCAUCUAGACAAUGGAGUUUUUCUUCUGCAUUUCUCUACUCUUUGACAGUUAUUACCACUAUAGGUUACGGCCAUCUCAGUCCCCGGACAAGUUGGGGUAAGAUAGUCACAAUAUUCUAUGCUCUUCUAGGAAUGCCGUUAUUCCUCCUAUAUUUGAGUAAUGUUGGUGAAUUACUUGCGAGCUGGUUUAAGUGCAUCUACGCGCUUAUAUGUCUUUGCCGUGGCUGUCCGGGAUUUACCAGGCGACGAGUCGUACAAUAUAGAUCACAAUUAGAAUUAAGCGAGGCAGAGAGCAUAGAACGCCCUGUAGGCUGGAUGGAUUACUCCGAAUCGGAGAUUACACCAGACUUCGUUAUCCCACCUUACGUGCCUCCUGAUGCUCGCAGAUAUCCUCGACAGGAUCCACGGCGAGCAGCCUACAUACGAAGUAUUUCUUUACCGCAACCACCCAGACACCCUCAAGUUCCACCAGUCCGAGGCUGGUCUGAACCUAUUCACCAAGCUGAGAGCGUUUCCAGUGACUUCACCUAUGUCACCUUCGACGUUCAGACCAUAACUGUACCAAUCAGCGUAUGUGUUAGUUUUAUGGUUGGCUACCUCAUGUUUGGAUCAAUGUUGUUUGGUCAAUGGGAGAAAUGGGACAAACUGGAUGGUGCCUACUUCUGCUUUAUAUCGCUCAGCAGCAUUGGUUUUGGAGACUUCGUUCCUGGCGAAAGAGUGUACACUCCAAGAAUUGAGACAUCGUUCAUUGUUUGUUCUCUGUAUCUUAUGCUGGGGAUGGCACUUGUCGCUAUGUGUUUUAAUCUGAUGCAGGAACAAGUAAUCCAUUACUAUGCUGGUCUUAAAAGAGCAAUGAAGAGAAUAUGUCGCUGCAAAAGAUGA